AUGUCUUUCCAAUCUCCAAUGCCAAGUAGAGAGUUCCUAUGGGAUAUAUUCAGAAGAGUUGACAAAGAUAGAAGUGGCCAUAUUUCAGCGGAUGAAUUACAGCAGGCUCUGUCCAAUGGUACAUGGAAUCCAUUUAAUCCAGAAACAGUCAGACUUAUGAUAGGAAUGUUUGAUAAACAAAACAGGGGUGUAAUAUCAUUUGAAGACUUUGGUGCUCUUUGGAAGUAUGUCAGCGAUUGGCAGAAUUGCUUUAGAUCAUUUGAUAGAGAUAAUUCAGGAAACAUAGACAGACAGGAAUUAAAGAAUGCUUUGACCGCAUUUGGAUAUAGACUUUCUGAUGAAGUUGUUAACACAAUGGUACAGAAGUUUGAUAGAUUUGGACGAGGCACAAUUCUCUUUGAUGACUUCAUUCAAUGUUGUGUAACACUCUAUACUUUAACAUCUUCAUUCCGGCAGUUUGACACAGAUCAAGAUGGUGUUAUUACAAUACAUUAUGAGCAGUUUCUUAAAAUGGUGUUUGGGUUAAAGUGCUGGCCGUAA